AUGGAUUCCUCCUCUAACGGCAUACAAGAACCAUUCGACCUGAUCCGUCUAUCUUUGAGUGAACGGGUUUUUGUAAAAUUGAGGGGAGAUCGCGAACUAUCUGGUGUACUACAUGCAUACGACGGACAUAUGAACCUGAUCUUGAGCGACGUAGAGGAGACGAUUAUGAUUGUGGACCAGGUCGACGGGGCCUCCGAAGGCCAAAAUACUGUGAACAUCGCAAAACGCAAGAUGGAAAUGUUAUUUGUUCGAGGGGACGGGGUCAUAUUGGUCUCCCCACCGUCGCGACCGUAA